CUCCCCCUAUUUUUACAAAAAUGUCCUCUAGUUCAACGACCGCUGGCCGGAAACCUAGCGUUCCCUCUGGUUCUGCGUUUCCUGAUCCGACACUGGAGAAGGGAACUUAGAUUUCGCAUUCUGCUUUCCAAGCCUCUCUCAUGCCAAUUCUGUGGUAAUCAGUUUCAUUGUCUGAUUCAACAUGAUGGCCGGGGAAAAUGCUGCUAUGUCAACUCAUGAAGAGAGAUUUGAUGGAUCAGUACAAGGUGUAACGGAAGACGCUGCAACAAUAUCAAACCAAAUGGUUAAUGGGAACCUGGAGUUGGGUAAUUCUGUUAAUUUUGAAAAACAAAAUGGUGUUGAUGAUGUAAUUGCAAACCACAAUGGAACCUAUGACCAACUAUCACAGAUAAUUAUGGAAUUGAGUCUUCAAAACGAUUAUUUGAAAGCUCAGAUAGAAGGUACAAAAUCUCAGGCUUUAAGAUCAGUUGAGGUUGCUAGGCCAAACAAUGGAAGUAAAGAUGAUGAGGCUUCUGAGAUAGUUAGCCAACUUCAAGAGAAGAUAAACAGUUUGAACAAGGAACUUCAGGAGCAGAGAGAGACACAAAGGGCAGCAGAAAAUGCUUUGGAACAUCUCAGGGCAGAGUAUUCUGAGGCUGAUGGAAAAGUUCAGGAGCUUUCCCUAAAACUUAUCGAAGCUCAACAGCUAAUGGAAAGAGAAAUAAAAGAACGUGAUGACAAGCAUGUUGAACUAGAUUCCAAAUUUGGAAGGCUUCAUAAGCGUGCGAAACAACGAAUUCAAGAACUUCAAAAGGAAAAAGAUGACUUAGAAGCUCGCCUUCAUGAUAUCAUUUUGAAGGCUGAACAAACAUCAUCUCAGCAAGUUGCAGCACAACAAGAAGUGGAGCGGACUCGCCAGCAAGCAAAUGAAGCAUUACGUUCAAUGGAUGUUGAGAGGCAACAAUUACGUGCAACAAAUAACAAACUUAGAGAUAGUGUUGAUGAAUUGCUUCGCUCAUUAGAAGCAAAGGAAAGCACAUUAGAGGGACUGCAGCAAUCUCUUUUCGAGAAAGAGCAGGUGCACGUAGGAAGCCUGGAAGCACAAAUAGCUGAUUUUCUAACUGAAAGAAACAAAGCAGCUGAAACAAUAGCUUCUCUCCAGAUGCUUCUUGCUGAGAAAGAUUCAAAACUAGCGGAGAUAGAAGUCAUUUCAUCUGGCGAAGCUGCACGUCUUGUAGCUGCGUUGGAGGAGGCAAAAGGGGAGCUUAUUCAACUCAAAGAUAAGCAUGAGAAGGAAAAAGUAGAUUUGGAAGCUGGAAACCAAGCUAUAAGAGCUAAGUUGGAGGCAUCUGAGGGCAGCCACCUGCGAUCUGAGAUUGAAGCCGCUAAAAUGAGAAGUCAGCUGGAAUUUGAAUUGUCUAUGCAAAAACAAUUGCUGGAUGCUAGAGAAGCUGAACUAGUGAUUGCCAAAGACGAGAUCAACCGUUUAGAAAAGGAAUUUUCUGCAUAUAAGGUGCGUGCUCAUGCUCUUCUCCAGAAGAAGGAUAAUGAACUAGCUGUAGCUAGAAACCCAGAGCAAUUGAAAGUUCAUGAGGAAGCAAUCAAAGAUGCUAAAAGACAGUUUGCAAUAGCUGUAGAAGUAAGGGAUAGCGCCAUUAAAGAUCUUCAAGAUGCAUUGGACAGUCAUCGAAAAGAAAUUGCUGCAAGAGAUGCUGCUCUUAGGGGUGCUGAAAACCAGAUGAGAAUAAUUACUAUGAAGCUUGAUUCAGCUGCAGCUCAGCACCAGGCAGAGAGAGAAACAUGGCAAAGUAAGCUUGACAAUGUAGAAGAAAGCUGGAGAGUAAGAUAUGCUACACUAGAAGUUGAAAAAUCUGAUCACACUGGGAGUGAUGUGCUGAAGGAGUUGGACGAGUUUAAGCUGCAAUAUAAUAAACUCAAGGAAGAACAUGACACUUUUCGCAAUAUUGCUGAAAGAACAAUUGAAAAGAAGGAUGAGGUGAUUGUAAAACUUUUGGAGGAUAACAAAAAUCUUUCUGACGCAAUGGGAUCUAGACCCGAAGUUGACCAAAAUGUCAGUCCAGAUUCAGCUUUUCUGAAGCAGGAUGCACAUAUUUUAAGUGUAGCUGCGGCAGAACAACAAAUUCUGCUGCUUGCUAGACAACAAGCUCAGAGAGAAGAAGAACUUGCACAGUCACAAAGACAUAUCUUGGCUCUUCAGGAAGAGAUUGAGGAGCUGGAGCGUGAAAAUCGUUUGCACAGUCAACAGGAAGCAAUGUUGAAGGAAGAGCUUCGUAUUGUGGAGAGAUCAAAGAAACGUGAAGGAGUAGAUAUGACAUAUCUUAAAAACGUCAUACUAAAACUUCUUGAGACAGGUGAAGUGGAAGCAUUGCUGCCUGUCGUUGGAAUGCUUCUGCAAUUCAGUCCUGAUGAGAUAAGGAAGUGUCAACAAGCAUACCGGUCGAAUAUUGCUUCAAGUCCAUCUGCUUCUGUAGACUCUACACCACGAUCUCUCUUUUCAAGAUUCUCUUUUUCAGGAUGACUUAUUGGCAUCAUAAGCAUAAUAUGAUUAGGAGCUGCAGCUGGCUUCUCCAUAACAUUUUUUACAGCCAUGUUUUUUUUUUUUUUCUUCUUUUUGGAGAGAUAUGGUAAAUAGCUGGCAUAUAUCAAAUUGGUGUUUUAUUCUAAGUGUUCCUUUGUAACAUUUUUUCUGUCAAUAAAUAUGAUUAUACUCAAUAAAUUUAUAGUUUUAAGCUGA